CAGAGGGGGGGGGGAUUAGGUAAUGAUUUGUCAUCCUGAAAGCUUGGGUUAGUUGAACGGGAAACCCAGCCUGUGAUUGACAGCAAGGUUGUGGGGGCCUUGCCUCUCUCUGUUGACAGUAAUAAUGAAGCUUUGUCAAUCUCUAAUGGACAUGGAAAUGCCAGAUUACGCCGAGUCUCUCGACUCUUCGUACACCAUGCUGGAGUUCGAAAACCUCCGGGUGCUGCCCACAAACUCAUCAGAAGGCAUUGCUUCCGAGUCACCUAGCUUGCUCGGGAAUGGGAUUAGCUCGCUGUGUGCCAUCUGUGGAGACCGUGCCACCGGGAAACAUUACGGCGCUUCCAGCUGUGACGGUUGCAAAGGAUUCUUCCGAAGGAGUGUCCGUAAGAAUCACGUCUAUUCAUGCAGGUUCAGCAGGCAGUGUGUGAUAGACAAGGACAAAAGGAAUCAGUGUAGAUACUGUCGGCUAAAGAAAUGCUUCCGGGCAGGAAUGAAGAAAGAAGCUGUGCAAAAUGAACGUGACAGGAUCAGCAUCCGCCGAAGCAGUUAUGAAGAUAAUGGGGCUUUGUCCAUCGCAGUGUUGACCCAAGCGGAGGCAAUGGCUCAGCAGUAUUCGGCUCUCCGCCCGGUGCACAAUGCUGAUAUUGCCCUGAAAAAGAUUGCGACGAUCAACGAUGUGUGUGAGUCAAUGAAACAGCAGCUCUUGAUCCUUGUCGAAUGGGCGAAAUACAUCCCAGCAUUCUGUGAGCUUCCGCUGGAUGACCAGGUUGCCUUACUAAGAGCCCAUGCCGGAGAGCAUUUGCUGCUAGGAGUGGCGAAACGUUCUAUACCAUACACCGAUUUUCUUUUAUUAGGAAAUGACUUCAUCAUCCCAAUGCAGUGCCCGGAGCUAGAAAUUGCUCGAGUGGCCAUUCGAAUCCUGGAUGAGCUGGUGAAACCCUUGCGAGAAAUUCAGAUUGAUGAGAAUGAAUAUGCAUGCCUCAAAGCUAUUAUAUUCUUUGACCCAGAUUGCAAAGGCCUGAGUGAGCCUGGGAAGGUAAAGAACAUGCGCUUUCAAGUGCAAGUGAACAUGGAAGAUUACAUCAACGACCGGCAGUACGAUUCGCGGGGGCGAUUCAGCGACAUCCUUCUCCUUCUGCCUCCGCUCCAAAGCAUCACCUGGCAGAUGAUCGAACAGGUCCAGUUUGUCAAGUUGUUUGGAAUGGCAAGGAUCGACAGCUUGCUGCAAGAAAUGCUUCUAGGAGGAACUACCAUGGACGUGCCACAGUACCAAUCGGGGCCUUCUAGCCUUAACGUCGAGCCACUUCCAGGUCAUAUCGUGUUGCCCAGCAACAUCGGCUCUGUAAUUCACACCAUCUCAGUCUCUUCUCCUGAAACAUCACUUCCUUCUCCUUCCACCAGUACCGGAAGUGAAGAUUACAAGCUAGGCCCAAGUCACAGCUCGGAGGUAGCUACACCACUUUUGCCACAGGCAGUUAUACCCAAACAGGAGAUUCUAUAAAGCAGCAAGUCACAGAAAUCAACCACAAAAAUACAAGUUUCUGUCCUGGAAAUCCAACUAACCUAGCUCCCCUCCAUUGGCAACUCAACCAUUGCCUACCACAACCAGAUUUUGGCCUCCUUCUUUGCCAUCCAAGAAAAUGGUGGCAUUCAGUGAAUACCCGAGGACUUAUCUGUCAGCCUUUUAAAAAGUGUUUUAUGUUGUUAGUGGUUUCCCUCCAUCACAAUUGUGUGACGUAUAGGGCAGGUUCUUCCUCUACCAUCGUCUCGUUCAAGCUGCUCGAUUCUCUAUUCAUGGAGCUUAAAAAUGGAAGUGCCCUCUGCAACGAGAGUCAACUUUCCUUGUGAUUUGUUCAAGUCUGCCAAACUUUGCCCUUGUACGGACAGGGCUUGGGACUCUCAUAAGACCCAAGGAACUAAAAGCAACAACAACAACAGAAAGGAAUAGAUAGUGUGUUAUAAAUUGGCACCCUCCUGUCCACUGUAUUGCUCAACCCCUCAGACAGAAAUAGCCCAGGGAGAAACCACAGAUAUUCCAACAAAUGAGAAAGUUGUAUAUACCUCUAGGCUGCACCUCACAAGAGCUUGAUGCAACUAUCAACACAUCGUAAGACCGAGCUCUCAACGUUCGGGUGGGCUUCCUUUGUUGUACACUAAAACAUUCUAUGUACCUCCUGUUGCACAUACAGAAAGAGACCCACUGACAUUAUUAGCAUAACAGGCCUGUGCCAUUUCUGAGCUAUUUGUAGAUAAUUACCGAGAACGCUGUACAUCAAAGAUUGGCAGUAUGCGGCCCAUUUUCUGUUAAACGUUCAAGUACACUCCCAUCUGCUGUGCAGUUGUCGAAACAGAAUACAAGACUGCUUUGAAGAUAACCCAAAACAGAGUAAAGGGGUGGUGGUGGUUCUGCACAGAUUUAAAAGAACAGGAUUUAUAUGCAUCCACUGUUAAUACUUGCAAUUCAUUGAAUGGUUUCUCUCUCUUUUCAAAUUACAGCUAGGACUGACCAAGGUUUGUAUCACAAUUUUUAAAGCAGUCAGUCUUUGGUACACAAGGUGUUUGCAGUGAAUAAAUUCAUAAGGCAUGUUAGACUAAA